UCUUUGUAAACAGUGUGUGCGCAUGCGCAGUCGUGUCGCACUCUAAUGGAGGACAUGUCUGAUCGGUAAUCGUCUUUUUCUGCGCCGUUUUUCUGAGUUGCGCCCUCAACACCCCUCAGCUGAGCCCGCGACACCCUCAAAGUGGCAGAAUGGCUUCGGACUCAGUCUCUCAAAGCUCCCAGAGUCCUGUCACCAGGAUCAUGACCUUUCACCCCACAAAAGAGGAGUUCAAAGACUUCAACAGAUACAUAGCAUAUAUGGAGUCGCAGGGGGCUCACAGAGCCGGCAUGGCUAAGGUGGUGCCACCAAAGGACUGGAAGCCCCGGCGCACGUACGAUGACAUUGAUGAUCUGGUGAUUCCCGCACCGAUUCAACAGGUGGUCACUGGCCAAUCAGGUCUCUUCACGCAGUACAACAUCCAGAAGAAGCCGAUGACCGUCCGCGAGUUUCGCAAAACUGCCAACACAGACAAGUUCUGUAAUCCCAGAUAUGCUGAUGUUGAUGAACUAGAGAGGAAAUAUUGGAAGAAUUUAACAUUCAAUCCACCUCUAUAUGGGGCAGAUGUCAGUGGAACCCUCUAUGAUCCAGACGUGACGGAGUGGAAUAUUGGCCGUCUGAACACUAUUUUGGACAUGGUGGAGAGAGAGAGUGGAAUCACAAUCAAAGGAGUCAACACUCCGUAUCUUUAUUUCGGGAUGUGGAAAAGCACGUUCGCCUGGCACACAGAGGACAUGGAUCUCUACAGCAUCAACUACCUUCACUUUGGAGAGCCCAAAUCCUGGUACAUUGUGCCUCCAGAACAUGGGAAGCGAUUAGAGCGUCUUGCUAAAGGAUUUUUUCCUGGAAGUGCCCAAAGUUGUGAAGCCUUCCUGCGCCACAAAAUGACAUUAAUUUCGCCGUCAAUUCUGAGGAAGUAUGGAAUACCCUUUGAGAAGGUCACACAGGAAGCAGGCCAGUUCAUUGUGUCCUUCCCCUUUGGAUAUCACGCUGGGUUUAACCAUGGCUUCAACUGUGCAGAAUCCACCAACUUCGCCACACAGCGCUGGAUCGAUUACGGAAAGCUGGCAACAUUAUGCUCCUGCCGGAAGGACAUGGUGAAGAUAUCCAUGGAUGUGUUUGUUCGCAAGUUCCAGCCAGAACGCUAUAAACUUUGGAAAGCAGGAAAGGACAGUGCACCAAUAGACCACUCAAAGCCCACGCCAGAGGCAGCAGAGUUCCUGACAGAUGGAAAGACGGAGAAAGAGACAGGAGAGCUCGGCGAUAGCAGCAAAGCAGAAACACAGGAGAAGAGAGGAGAAGCAGAGGCGGAAGAAGAGCUGAACGCAAACACGGAUGGUGGAGAGGAGGACAAAUCUGAUAUUUUGAAAAGGGAAACCGAUGGUGCAAAGGAGAAAGCAGAAGCAGAGAAAGGAGGUCUGGAGGUAGAGGAGAAGAAGCCUGUUCGGGAUGAAGAACCGAGCGGCACUUCACAGCAGAUCAACAGUAGUAGUCCAAAGCAGAAUGUGGGGCAGAAGCGGCUCAGACCCAGUCCUGACGAUGGAGCAAAAGAAGACGACAAUCAAGUGAAGUUAGAAGAAGAGGAGGAAUUUGAGAAGAAGAAAGCCAAACUCAGCCAGACUGAGACAGACGACAAGAAUGAACAAUCCAUCUCCACUGAACCAGGUGAUGUGCAAGCUGAGCAGACGAUGGGGACAGAAAUGCCCCCACCACAACAGAAAGAGAAUCAAGCCCCUCACUGCAUGGAGGUGGAGCUCUCGCCAUCAGACCCCACCUCCAGCAGUGACAUCACAAUGCAGCAAAGAGACAUCGUCCCUCCCUCUGAACCCUGCGACGUCACCUCAUCCUCAGAAUCCACAAACAGCAUCGCUGAUGAUGAGGCUCCAAACAGUGAUGUCACCUCUCAGUCCGAGCGUGUCACUCAAAGCUGUGAUGUCCAAAGCAAGACUGUUGACAUCAAUCAAAACGGUGACCUCACUGAUGCCCAGCAGAGUGAAGUCACAUCCCAUUCGUGUUCCACUGACAUCACACCUCUCAUAUCCGUAAUCAGCAGUAUCUCCUCUCUACAUGGCAUUAACUCCGCCCAGAUCUGUGAUGUGUCUGCAGAACCUAGCGACAGCACGAUAAAUACCAUCAUUCAUAGUCCAAGUGAGCCAGGCAGUAACUCCUCCCACACCUAUGAUGGCCAACCAGAGCCCAGCGACAUCACGUUCAGCCAUAAACACGAACCCGCCAUUAACUCCACCCACACCUGUGAUGCCCGACCAAAACUCAGCAACAUGACCCUCAGCCCUAAACCCAAACCCAAUGUUAACUCCACCCACAGCUGUGAUGUCAACACAGAACCCAAUGACAUCAGGGUCAGCGCUGAUCACGAAACCAGCAUUAGCUCCGCCGACAGCUUUGAUGUUCAACCUAAACCCACUGACAUUACCGUCAUUGCUGAACACGAACCUAGCAUUAGCUCCGCCCACAGCUGUGAUGUCCAACCAGAUCCCAGCGAUGACAACAUCAGUGCUGAACACGAACCUAGCAUUAGCUCCGCCCACAGCUGUGAUGUCCAACCAGAUCCCAGCGACAACAACAUCAGUGCUGAUCACGAAACCAGCAUUAGCUCCGCCCACAGCUGUGAUGUCCAACCAGAUCCCAGCGAAGACAACAUCAGUGCUGAUCACGAAACCAGCAUUAGCUCCGCCCACAGCUGUGAUGUUCAACCAGAUCCCAGCGACGACAACAUCAGUGCUGAUCACGAAACCAGCAUUAGCUCCGCCCACAGCUGUGAUGUCCAACCAGAUCCCAGCGACAACAACAUCAGUGCUGAUCACGAAACCAGCAUUAGCUCCGCCCACAGCUGUGAUGUUCAACCAGAACCCAGCGACGACAACAACAACAGCGCUGAUCACGAAACCAGCAUUAGCUCCGCCCACAGCUGUGAUGUUCAACCAGAACCCAGCGACAUUACCGUCAGUGCUGAACACGAAUCUAGCAUUAGCUCCGCCCACAGCUGUGAUGUCCAACCAGAACCCAGCGACGACCAUAUCAGUGCUGAUCAUGAACCCAGCAUUAGCUCCGCCCACAGCUGUGAUGUCCAACCAGAACCCACCGACAUUACAGUCAGUGCUGACCACGAACCUAGUAUUAGCUCCGCCCACAUGCAUGAUGUCAUCACUGAACCCAGCAGCAGCACCAUCAACCUUAAUCUCGGUGAGUCGCAGUGUAGCUCUGCGUCAGUGACCGGCAGCCAGGUGUGUCCACCUGCAGUCCAGCACAUCUUCCAGAGAACACUGAGCCCCGCGGAGGUCCUGCACGUCCACAGCUACGCUAAAGGAGAUUACAGCAAUUUUGAGCCACGCAUUCAGCAUGAGAGAGACCAAGACAGCGACUCUGAUAGCGAGUCUCAAGAGGACUGCAAGAAAGAAGAUGAACACCCAGUGGAAGCUCAACACAGACUUCCCAGACUCCCCAGGCACCAUCCUCUGAUGAAGGACAGCAUCAGUGACGAAGAGCUGCAGGAUCAGGCUGCGUCCGAGGAGGACGGGCUGGACGGUGAGGCCUGGGCACGACCUUUGGCCCAAUUGUGGCAGAAUAGACCGUAUAAUCCAGAAAGAGAGAGAGAAUACAACAGAGAGAUGGGUCUGCGGCCUCCAUACUGCGCUGUGUGUGCGCUCUUCCAGGCACAUCAGCGGUCUGAAGGGGGCGAGAGCGAGCCGACCGUGGUGCUCCCCGGCGGUCAGAUGAGGACCAAGCCUCUGAUUCCAGAGAGAUGUUUCACCACCACCACCGAGGACAGCGCAGACAUCCAGCCGUCCACACCUCACCUGGAGGAGGACGGCACCAGUCUGCUCGUCAGCUGCUCCCUGUGCAGUGUCCGUGUGCACACUAGUUGUUACGGUGUGGCUCCAGUAAGAGUCUCCAAAGACUGGAAAUGUGCUCGCUGUAAAGCCAACGCUCUCGCCGAGAGUUGCUGUCUGUGUUCGUUGAGAGGUGGAGCAUUGCACAGAGCCAAUAAUGGCAAAUGGGUUCAUGUCCUGUGUGCGGUGGCAGUGCAGGAGGCUCGCUUUGUGAACAUCGCUGAACGAUCACCCGUGGAUCUCAGCGGCAUUCCCUUACAGAGAUUCAAGCUGAAAUGCUACUACUGCAAACGGCGAAUGAAGAAAACGUUGGGGUGUUGUGUGCAGUGUUCUCACGGUCGGUGUCCCACCUCAUAUCACCCGACCUGCGCACAGGCCGCCGGCGUCAUCAUGCACCCAGACGAUUGGCCCUUCGUCGUCUAUGUCACCUGUUGCCGCCACAAAGGGCCUGUACAAUCAGAGCGUAAUAAAGCAGCCAUGAGAGAGCUCGGCGUGGGUCAGAAGGUCAUAUGCAAACACAAAAAUGGACGCUACUACCAGUGUGAAGUCAUACAGCUGACAAAAGCCACAUUUUAUGAGGUCAACUUUGACGAUGGCUCCUUCAGUGAUAACCUUUUCCCAGAGGACAUUGUGAACCGAGACUGUGCUCAGCUGGGUCCGCCGCCGCAGGGGGAAGUGGUUCAGGUCAGAUGGACGGACGGUCUUGUCUAUGGAGCUAAGUUCGUGGCAUCUCGUGUCAUUCAGAUGUACCAGGUGGAGUUUGAGGACGGGUCGCAGCUGACUGCUAAGAGAGAUGACGUCUACACACUAGACGAAGAGCUGCCCAAGAGAGUCAAAUCUCGUCUGUCGAAGGCAUCGGACAUGCGUUUUGAUGGCAUGUUUGGAGAGAAGAAGGUUCAGGAGAGCAAGAGACAGAGAGUGAUCAACUCCAGGUACAGAGGCGACUAUAUCGAACCCGUCAUCUACCGAGCCAUCAUGGAGUAGCCAGCGAUGACCCAGCCUUCACCCGAAACCACCAGCACUCAUCCAGCGUCUCCAGCACACCCUGCCAAUGUCAGUAGUGUUCAGUUCACAGGGGUCGGACGCCUGGAUGGGUUUGACCACUCCUCAGUCGACCAUCUAUUCUGAUAUAUGGGUCUGGAGUCGAGGCAGGGUGUUUCACAGUGUCUUUAUCAGAGAAUGCAGCUUUGUCAUUGGAUGUGACACCCUUUUAACCUCAGCGCUGUGACACUGUGCCACAAACACUCUAGAAACACAUCAGCAUGAACAUCAGGUUCAUGGAGUCACUCCAAAUUACUUUCGUUUGAUACAGCAUAUUUGUAAUCUCCAUUUCAUAAAAUCUACUUUUAUCAAAUUGCAUUAAUUUAUUUGACUUAAUCGAGGGUGCUGUUUUUACCCGUAUUUUACAGAACGGAGGUGCCAUUGCCAUUUUAUGCAUGCAGAUCUCCUUUUUUAAGAUCUACACUGUCAUAAAUUGUGCAGUUGAGAUCCUGAAUAUUGUACAUUAUUUGGAACAUAAUGAAUUCAGUGUGUCUUAGAGUCAUUUUUUUACAAGCCUAUUUAUUACUGGUGCUUUACAAAAGUCGAUUUUGCAGUAUGAGUUCCAGUGCUGUUGAAGUCUGACACGGAUAGGUGUGUUCUGGUUUUGUAAAGAGGACUGCGUAGAUACUGAAAUGCCAAGGAUCUUUCACAUAUUGCAUAUUUCACAGCUGUUCAAGCCCUGCCUUGUACUCUGGUUCAAUACACUUUCAUUCAGACGUUUCUAUUAAUGUAGCUUCUUACUGCUGUCCACAUUUUAUCAGAAGCCCCUACGGUUUUAAUAAGCUAUUUUUGCACUUCUCAGCUGUACUUUUAUGAACUGUCAUCUUUGUCCUUGCAGUAGCCAAGCUCUAGAGACCGAAAUGCAUUCAUGAAAGCUGAGGAGGAUGUUGUUAGGACUGUCUAGCUGACAGGAUUUGCAGAAAGGAAGGUUGCUGCAGUCCUUCAGUUGUUCGAAAGAUAGAUAGAUAGAUAGGGCUAAUCUUCACUAUAAAAAAAGAAAAAUAUAAAAGAUUUUUUUCUAUCAAGAAGUCUAUUUUAUUGCUUUGUUUUAUAAUACAUGUUUAAUGUUCAUAUACUGUGAGAUAGAGUUGUAUGUAGUUAAUUUAAGAAAUCUUGAGCUUUCGGCACGUUUCUUCUGCCUCUCGUGUUGCUUUCAAACAUGAGCCUUGUUCUCACUGCACUUCUGAAUGCAGAGGCUCUAGGACUUCCAUACAUGUAUUUGUAAAAAUCAUUAAUGUGCAUCAGUAAAAGAUGUGAGCUGA